GUUACUUCCGUCAAACCCCAGAGCACCCACAGAAGGGGAAGCAGUAAUUUAGCUACUUUGGGUGUACUGUAUGAACAUUAAGGCUUGAUAUAGAUCCGUACAGAAAACUGCCUUUGCAAGCAAGCCCUUUCCGUUCUUGCUCAACUGUGAAACGUAUAUUCCUGGAGUCCAUAUCAUCAUCUUCAUCCGGACUGUAAACUUCUGCACAAUUGGAUGGACGUUUUGGGCAAUGGAUUUGUGACAAGGCCGUUCACCUGCCUGCAUUCGCGGCUUCUUCCUGAUUACCAUAGUUGUAGGGCCUGUCCUUUCUGCUGGGAAUGCCACCCCGGGAAAAGUCUGAGUCGCCCAAUGUCCCUCCUCCCACAUACCUGCAGUGCCUCCUGGGCGCCGGCGUAGGUGACAACCUGCAGACGCCAGGCUAGUGCCUCCGCGUCUCCUCCCCGCCUCUCCAAGCGGGGACGCAGAGCACCCGGCAGCCACGUUUCCGCUCCCCCCUCAUCCCCCCGGCCUGCCACAGCGGGUUCCCGCGCUCAGGGCUGGGCCGCCGCAGUGGCCUGGCCGUCAGCGUUCCUGCGCCACCUGCGCCAGGGCCCUCUCAAACCCAGCCCAGCCCACCCCAUCCCCCAGGUAGGACUCGGGAGGGAGGAGAGAUGAAGCAAGCAGGCUUUGAUGGCAGCAAGCCGCCGAGUAGGCGGGCAGGGUCCUGCCGCCGCGACGAUGAACACUGUUGGAGGAAGGGGCACGAUCUCCCGAUUCCCGCCCGAGCCUAGCUGCCCUGCUGCAGAAUGGGUCCACACUGGCCCUUCCCGGCGCUGGCUAGAGGCCAAUCAGCUUCCUCGCUGGGAGUUUGCUAUCCAAUGAGAACACUCAGACUGCAGGAUCUUUGCGCCCAUUGGCAGCGGUUUACUCCGAGCGAGGAGUCCGUCGCUGGAGGCAAACGUUUCCCCAGAAGCCGCCAAGUGCAGACGCGUGACAGCUCGGUCCGGGAAGGACUCUCCUCUUAGAAAGCGGGCCGCGGCGACGAGGAAGUUCGGAAGGUGCCGUUUCGGGCCGGAGGGACUGUCUGAAACAACACAUCAUCAGGAUUCACUCCGGGGCCAGCCGCCAGGCCCGCUUCCCCAGGUGUCCAAGAAAGUGAAGGACCUAGAGGGACGGCGUGGGGGGUGGGAGGCCGAGGCUGGAAGAAGCCAGGCGAUGUGAAAAUGAAAGUAAAUCAUUUACUGGGCCGGCUGAGCAGCGGGGCGCCCAAGGCGGAGGGACUUUUCAAACCGUGCCGCCGCAGCUGCAGCGCUUCCUGCGCGCAGGCCUGCGCUGCCCCGGGGAGGACCGGCCUCGGCGCGCGCGGCGCCUGGACGGCCCGCGGGGCGGGCAGCCGUCUGGCUUUUACCGCAGUGGCUGCCCCUGAUCACGCUGUGUGCGGGCGGUGGCGCAGGCGACUUGCACGCGGCCUCGGUCCGCCGAGGGCUGAUCGCUGCCCCUCAGCAGCCUUCCUCCGCGCCUGGCCAGCGGGCGAGGCCCAGAGAGGAGCGAGAAGGCGGAGAGGGAGGGGACAGGGUCGGGGAAGGAUACCCGCAAGGUUUCUUAACCUCUCUCCCUUCCCACUGUGACUGUUCAAAUUCAUCCCAGUACCGUACAAAACCCCCAUUUCCCCUGCCCUUUUUAUGUUCCCUUUUUGGUUCCACGUGUAAUAAUCACCCCUUGAAGCGCUUGGGGUCCUCUCUCCGUAAGACGGAUCAUCAUCAACAGACACACUUGAGGUCCCAGAUUCCCUUAGUUGUUGGCAUUAAGUUCUUACCUUCAAGGAUCUUAAAGUAUUGCCCACCUCCUAGUUAUAUGUAUCUGUUUUUAUUUCCCCAGGUUCUCUGCAUUUUAAAACGCAUCCCUCGGACUGCAAACCCUUCUGAGGGUAUUAUAUGCCUACAUUUGAAUUCCAUCUCUGCCCCGUAGCCCAGGCCUCUGGCAUGUCACCUUCCUUCUCUGAGUGAUAUUUUCCUCAACUGCAAAAUGCAACUAUACCUACUUUGCGUGGUAUCUGGGGAUUGGCAAUUAGACAUGAUUUAGGUAAACUAUUUAGUAUAGUAUCUGACAUGCAGUGCUCUUUAAAAGGGAGCUUUUAUUGCUGAGGUGAUUAUAGUUAGUGGAUAAACUGUCUACUUGCUAAGUUAGUAUCUCUGGAGGGAUUGAGGCAAGGGGCGAAGGGGAAAGGUGGGAUAUAGGGUCCCCAUUAGUCAUAUCCUCUGUACAGUUAAUCAUAGCUAUGAAGAUAACUGCUCUAACUUGAACCUUUUUGAAAUUAGUGUUUCAGCUGAACUGUCUAUUCAUCUUUAAGCCACCAUGAGCUCUAAGAAGCGCAGGUCACAGAAGGUCUCAUUUGAUGAAAAAAGUAAUAUGAAAAUUGAGCACUAUUUUUCUCAGGUCACUAAAAAGCAACAGAAUGAUUCCAGUGUUUCUCAGAAGAAGACAGACUCUAAAGAAGGUCUAACAGAUGUAACUAACAUCCAAGCUCAAGGACCCAAAGACCAGAAGGUGCCCCUGAAUAAGACCAUUUACAUCACCUUGGAUGUAAACCACAGGAAGCACGUGCUCACACAUGGCGGAAGGGGCAGCUUAUACGGGGCACUCAACACUCUCACGGCUAUCAAGAAAGAGAUGGAGACUCAGCAGGGCAGAGAAAUGCUCGUGCGUGGCACAGAAGGAAUUGAAGGUUACAUAAACCUUGGAAUGCCCCUCCGAUGUUUUCCAGAAAGCUGCCACGUGCUAAUCACAUUUGCCCGAAAUAAAAGUGAGCAGAGGGAAGGGAACCAGGCGUUUGGCCGGCAUGACCUGGCCUCUACCGACUGUGUCAAAUUUUAUAUUCAUGCCAUUGAGAAGAGGAAAAAAAGGAUCGUGAAGCUCAGGCAGCUUCACCAGCAAGGCUGCAAACUGUGCAUCUACGCUUUCAAAGGAGAAACCAUCAAGGACGCUCUGUGCAAGGAUGGCAGACUUCUUUCCUUUCUGGAGCAUGAUGACUGGAAACUCAUUAAAAACCUGGACUCCAUUUUAGAGAACACACAGCCGGUCGAUGACUUGGAGGGCAAGCUCUUUGAGGUGGAGGCUGAGAGAAGAAUGAGCUCUAGGGCGGGAGCUGCUCGGGAGCCCCUGUCAGAGAAAAGGAACACCCGUGUGUUGAGAGAAGAAAUUGUGGCCCAGUACCCCAGUUUGAAAAGAGAAAGUGAAAAAAUCAGAGAAAACUUCAAGAAAGAAAUGGAGAAAAAAAAGAACAAAGCUUCAUUAUUUCAACUGCAGAAAGCAAAUUUCGGGAAACUGACAAAAAACUCUACUCUGGUUAAAGUCCACAGAUUUCUUUCUCAUCUCAGUGACUCAGUUGGGUGCAUAUCAUGGGACAACAAUGGGAAUAAGGGUUCUGCCACCUGCUAUGUUUUUACAGGGUUGUUCAUUUUCACUUGUCGGCAUGUAAUAAAUUACGUUGUGGGAGAAGGGAUAGAGACAAGUAGGUGGGCAGACAUAAUUGGUCAAUGUGUAAAGGUGACAUUCAUUUAUGAAGAUCUCCCUGAAAAAGAGGAGAACUGUUUUUUUCUUGAACCUUGGUUUGAGAUAUCUGGUGUAACUCUUGAUUACGCUGUUCUGAAACUGAAGGAAAAUGGACAGCGGGUACCUUUGGGACUAUAUAAUGGGAUUGCUCCUACACCACUUACGGGGUUGGUUUAUAUUAUUGGCCACCCAUAUGGAGAACCAAAGUCUACUGACGCUUGUGCUGUGAUCUCUCUGGGUCAGCGAGAAAAGAAAUUUCAGGAACAUCUUCAGGCUAGAGAAGAGGAGGGUUACAAUUUUGAUCAGCAGUAUAUCCAUAUGCACACUCAAAGAAGUUUCCAAGAAGUAAUGCACGACCCUGAUGUGAUUACCUAUGACACCACUUUUUACUUUGGGGCUUCUGGCUCCCCGGUGUUUGAUUCAAAAGGUUCAUUGGUGGCCAUGCAUACUGCUGGCUUCCCUUAUCUGUACCAAAAUGGGAUUUCUAGUAUCAUUGAGUUUGGUUCCACUAUGGAAUCCAUCCUCUUUGAUAUUAAGCAAAACUAUGGAACUUGGUAUACAGAAGUAUGUAUAAAUCAGCAGGAUGUAGAAAUGGUGGGUGAGGAGGAUUGAGGAUGGUGAGAGUUCAGUCUAAUUGCUGGCAUUUAGGGAAUUUCCUAUGGAGUUGCUAUUCUAUAGAUGAAUAGAGUUUUUAAAUCUAAAAUGAUGAAUUUCAUUUAAAAAUAACAAUUACUAUUAUUGACCAUAUCCUAUGCACCUGACUUUUUUCCCAAGCACAUGAAGACUGGAGUCUUAACAUCUUUAUGAAGUGGGCUACUAUUCCCCUAAAGUCAAGCAAUGUGAAUAAUGAUAAGAUUAAGUAAUAAUUAGUCAUAUGACAGUAAAAGGGUAACUAUUGGUUCUUAUCAUCUUGAGUAUCUUCCCCUAAGUUAGUUUUUUGAGGGUAGGGCCCACGACUUACCAUUACCCCUAAUGUCUGGCAGGUGGAAAGUAAGUGUUUAAACAAUGUGUCGGUUAAUCAAUAGCACAAUUUAAGUAUGCAGUUAAUCUUAACUGAGGAGCUAAAGCCUCGAUUGGAAAUAAUCUCAAACAAAGCUUUCAGAAUUUCCCAAAUCCUCAUAUUACUAAAAACUCAGAAUAUAUGUGUCCUGAAACUCAGAGGGUAAUAUCCACUCUCCCCAUAUUUAAAAGCUAUUAGGGCAAAUGGGAUACCUUAAAAAUUACAUUACUUUAUUCAUAUUUCCUUAGUUUUUACCCAAUAUCCUUUCUGCGAUCUGAGUUCCACCCAGCAUCCCACGUUACAUUUAGUUGUCACAUCCCGUGUGUCACAUCAGGCUUCUGUUGGCUGUGACAGUUUCUCGACUUUUCUUGUUUUGGAUGCCCUUGGUGGUCAGAGAGCACACACAUUAGGUACUUCGUAGGGUGCCCUUCUCCUGGAACGUGUCUGAUAUUUUUCUCAUGAUUAGACUGGGGCUGUGGGUUUUGAAGAGAAAAACCAAAGAGGCAAAACCCCAUUCUUACCAUACCACCCCAGGGAUACAUUCUAUCAACAUGAUUUGGGUUGUCCUGGGUCCCUGAGCCAAAGUGGGGCUUAUCAGGUUUCUCUACUGUGCAGUUAACCUUUCCCCUCCUCUCUGUGCCUUUUGGAAGGAAGUUAUUUGAUGUCCACACUUACAGGGUGGAGAGUUAUGGCUCCUCUUCCUCAUUAGGCCUCUUAGAAUAUCUGCACAACUUAUUCUCAGUCAUUCUUCUGGGAGAUGUGUCUCUUCCCUCCCAUUCAUGUGUAUCGGUGUGGACUCAUAAAUAUACUUUGGUUAUAAACCAGUACUACUUUACUGAGAUGCUCAAACUGUUCCAGCUUUGGUCUGCGGGAGCACUUUCAGAGGGGGGCCCCUUGUGCCCCCUGUGACCUACCUGCAUCAGUGUGUUAUGUUUGUUUCUUUGCUUUUUGAGCACUUCCUUAGUUCUGGCACUACAGGAUACCCCAGACUUUUGGGGUAUAUUUCCUGCCUCACUCCUAAAAUUAGCCAUUUCUCCAGGAAGCCUUGGUUCCUUCUAAAGGAGAAUAGUAUUGGCUACCAAGAUCCGGACCCUAGGUGUGCUUGUUGCUAUUGGGGUAUUUCUUCUAGGCCCUCUCAGCUGACAGAGCAAAGAAAUACAUGUGUGUAUCUAACUCAUGUACAGUAGUCCCCCCUUAUCUGAAGUUCAGCUUUUUGUGGUUCCCAUGACCCAUGCUCAGGCUGAGCCUCAUCUGUCCUAUGACCAGAAGGUCAAUCGUAGCCCAGAUCACAAUGCCUCCAUCAUUCACGUUGCUUCACCUUAUCUCAUAAUCAUUUUAUCAUCUCAUGUCAUCACAAGAAGGAUGAGGACAGAACAGUAAGGUAUUCCGAGAGCAAGAGAAAGAGGUAGACCAUAUUCACAUCACUUUUACUGCAAUAUAUUGUUAUAAUUGUUUUUAUUUUAUUGUUAAUCUCUUACUGUGUCUAAUUUAUAAAUGACACUUUAUCAUAGGUAUGUAUGCAUAGGAAAAAACAUAGUAUAUACAUAGGGUUCAGCACUAUCCGUGGUUUUAGGCAUCCACUGGGGAUCUUGGAAUGUGUCUCCCACAGAUAGGGGGGGAUUAUAUAUAUACACAUACCUAAGAACAUUUGUAUCUGUAACCAUCUGUAUGUGUAAUAAAUGAAACCAUUCUUACAGGUGUCCCAGCUUUAGUCCAUCACCACACAUGGAUCAGCCAGGCCAACUGUGAGAAUUUGCUCCUACCAUCCACCACCUAUUUACUUAAUUGUUUAGUUCCAGUAUACAUACAUGUACAGCAGUAUCAUAAUUGUUCACUUGUACUGGGAUGGGAAAUAACUUUAUCCACUAGAGCUCAGUGUUUCUGUGCAGUUUCCUUUGCCUCUCAUCUUAGGAACUCAUUCCCAGAGCUACCCGGGUCAGUGCUUUUUCCCUCCCCACCUUCAGUAAGUUUGUUUCAUACAUUUGUCAUAUGUCUCUUCAUAGCUCCCAUUCUUUCCUUUGAUCCCUCAGUCUCCUAAGUGAUUUUUUUUUAAAUGUGCAUACACUAAGCUUCUCUCCUCAUGCUAUACAUUCUGUGGAUCUUAACAAAUGCAUAAUAUCAUGUAUACACCAUUACAAUAUGUACAGAAUUGUUUUUCCACCUUAAGAUUCCCCUGUGCUUCACCUACUUAUCCCUCCCCCUCCCCUGAACCCCUGGUGACCACUGAACUUCUUAACUGUUUUUAUAGUUCUGCUUUUUCCAGAAGGUCACAUAGGUGGAGUCAUGUAGUAUGUAGCCUUUUCCAAUUGACUUCUUUUACUUUGAAGUACGCAGUUCACAUUCCUCUGUGUCUUUUUGUGGCUUGAUAGCUCAUUGGUUUUUAUCACCGCGUAAUAGUCCAUUGUGUUGAUAUACCACAGCUUGUUUAUACAUUCACCUCCUGAGAUAUCUUAAUUGAUUCCAUUUUUGGUGAUUGUGAAUAAAGCUGCUAUAAACAUUGGU